AUGAAAAUGCUUAAUCAUAUAAAUAUCGUACAGUUAAAGAAUAGUUUUAUGACUUCUGAUAACGAUGAAGUGUAUUUAAAUUUAGUGUUGGAAUUUGUUCCUGAUACAGUUUAUAGAGUAUCCAGACAUUAUACAACCAGUAAGCAAUCAAUACCUUUGAUUUAUGUUAAAGUAAACGAAGCGAAUGUUUCAUAUAUUUGCUCAAGACAUUAUAGAGCUCCAGAGUUGAUUUUUGGAUCUACAAAUUAUACAACAUCGAUCGAUGUUUGGUCGUUGGGAUGUGUUUUGGCAGAGCUGCUUCUGGGAGCACCGCUCUUCCCAGGCGAGAAUGGAAUCGAUCAAUUGGUAGAGAUUAUUAAAGUGUUGGGAACACCAACCAAAGAGCAGAUACACGUGAUGAACCCAUAUUACUCGUCAUUCAAAUUUCCAGAUAUCAAAGCGAAUCCCUGGACCAAAGUAUUUAGGGCCAAGGAUGUGCCGGCAGAGGCUAUCGAUUUGAUUUCAAAGAUUCUGCACUACGAUCCAUCCGCCCGUUUGAAACCCACCGAAAUUUGCGCACAUCCCUUCUUUGAUGAGCUGAGAGACCCCAAGUCGACCCUGCCAGACGGCCGUCCACUGCCACCACUAUUCAACUUUACCAUCGCCGAACAACUGACAAUGGGACCCAAACUUGCCAAAAUAUUAAUUCCACCGCAUGCCAUGUCUGCCAUUGAGCUGCCUUCACCGUUGUUUCCACACCUGACUUCUGGCGCACCUGUUUCCUCGUCAUCCACCACAACACCCACACCAUCGCCAUCCAACCACUCCACCAGCAACAGUAGCACUACCAGCAGCAGCACCACUAACAUCCAAGCACAGUCGUCGUCGUCCUCCACCUCUCAAACCACCAGCAACAGUACAAAUACACAAACAACUGCUCAAGCCAAUCCAACGACAACUACAACUACCAACACAGUUGGAACAAGUACAAAUGCAAACUAA